AUGGAGGUGGCGAUGGCUUUGGUGGCCGUUGAUGGGGUUGCCUCUUGCCGCCAAAGAGAGAGAGAUGGUGAUGAUGCAGUCAGUUGGGUAAGAGACAUAGCACCCUCACAUUAUGUACUGAGGAUUGAAUCAUUCUCCAAUCUUACCAAGAUGAUGUCCGAAGGGGAUGCCAAAUUUUUCAAGUCCAAACCGUUCGAAGCUAGUGGUUAUAAAUGGAUAUUCUCUAUGUAUCCCAAUGGUGUUGGUGAUAGUAAAGGGCACAUUUCUGUGUUUUUGUGUAUUAAAGAUACAGAUGCAUUGCCUUUGGGUUGGAAGAUAUACGCAGAUUUAAAGUUUUUUAUAUUUGAUAAGAAGCAUGACAAAUAUUCGGUUUUCCAAGAAGGGGGUAUAAACACGUUUCAUUGUUUGAAACCAGAAUGUGGUAUAUCAAAAUUGGUACCUCGUGCUGUGUUUGAUGAUACUGCAAAUGGGUAUUUAGUUGAUGGCAUGUGUGUUUUUGGUGUUGAAGUUUUUGUGCUACAUUCUAAGUUUGUAGAACAACAUCUAUGCCCUUCAGUCAAAGUAAGUAAAACCUACACUUGGAAGGUAUCAAGUUUUAGUAAUAUGGACAGCAAAAGUUGUUAUUCAGAUAAAUUUACUGCAGCUUCCUUCCAAUGGAAAUUGAGACUCGAUCCUCAGGGACAGAAUAGUAACAAGUCUAAUGGGCUGAGCCUGAGUUUGUUUCUGGAGCUUGUUGAUCCCGGAAUUACUUCUAACGGGCUGUUUGUACAUUUCAUAUUACGCAUUAUAAAUCAAAAGUCAGGGAAACAUCGCGAGAUGCAAUAUUGUUGUUGCUUUGCUUCUGGAUCUUUAACAUGGGGCUGGGAUGCGUUUAUGCCGCUGGCUGAUCUUCAAGAUUUAUCUAAUGGCUUCCUUGUUGAUGAUUGUAUUAUGAUUGGAGCAUGUAUCAAGAAUGUGUCUGCCCUUCUGUAG